CCUGCUGAUCCAACAGAGGAUGUGGGAGUUGUUCAGGCUGGGGGGAAGCCUCUUUUUUUCACUCUGAUUAUCCCCAGGCACCAGCCUCCUCCAGCCUGGUGGCUGAGGCAGGUGCGCGGGGAGAUAAAAUGACAGGAAGUUGUGCUGCUGUGUGAUAAAUAAAUACCCAUAAAUAAAUGGUUUUGGUGAAACUGAGCUGAUACCUGAUCACGUGCUUUACAGGAAACAGCCACUAAGACAGUUCUGCUGCAGCACCGCAUUCCUGAGCCUCAGUGCACAGAGGGUUGGGCUGAGGAGCCUCUCCUGCUCUGACCCUGCCAAGCUCUCCACUUCUUACUUGGUGAGGGGGCCUGGAGUGAGGAGGUAGCUCAUAUAGAGGGCAGUAAGUGAGGUGGAUCUGAAACUUUAAAAUACAAAAGAAAGAACAAAUAUAUUCCACAGCCCAUCCUGACACUUAGCUGGUUUUGGUGGGGCCAGCAGCACCACCCAGCAGCAGCACUGCUGCGAAGGGGGUGGAGACUUUUCAUAGCUCACCCAGGAAUGCUCGUCUAAAGCAGUUUCCCCUUUCAUUUCCGGACUAAUUUUCAAGAGACCCGCAAGAGCUGCAGAACUCCCACCGUGCUCAGACUGCUGCCCGUGCAGAGCUUGGCGCCACAGGUGUUGGGGCAUCUUCCCUCCCUUCCUCCUGUGGAAACCCUUUCCCUGCCGGCAGACAGCACUGGAGACACUCGACCAUCCGCGGGCUCUGCAAGAACAGGCUGUCCCUGCUGCCAUCCAUCUCUGAACCCCUGGAAUGGAGGCUGGGCACAGGAAGGAUGUCACUGCUCAGGCGAGGACACCCCGCUAAACAGAAAACCUUCUGCUGGGUUGGGCAGUGAGUCGAAGUGCUGCUUGGAAAUUUUGGGUUUUGUUCAUUAACAGCAGGAUUUCCCUCACCAAAGACAAUGGAUUACAAAACAUUACCUGUGAAUGAAUGGGUUGAGAAACACGUCAAAUGUUGGCUGGAAUCUACUGGAAUCAAGAAGGAGUAUGUAGAUAAACUAUAUGCAGAAGAAGUGACAGGUCCAGCACUAAUGGAACUGGAUGAGUCUUUCCUCAAAGACAUAGGAAUGAAGAAAGGCCAAAUCCAGAUCUUAAUCCACAAGAGAAAUGAACUUCUGCAGCUCCAGGACAAUGCACAGCAAGCUGAGGACUCCAGCAGCAACACACCCGACAGAACGGAUGCACAAACCGACCCUGCCAGAGCCAGCAAUGCCCCUGCUCAGGGCACGGCCAGUGGAGGCAGCUCUGGUGCUAUGGGUACAACCAGCAGCAAGGACACAGCUCCUACUUCUGGCAAGAAGCGAAAAAGCAGCAAGAAAUCCCAGCUUCAAAGUGCUAAUGAAGUUUUAGAGCUCAGAAACUGUCGGCCAUUUAGAAGUCAGGAUACUGAUUUCAAAUAUGUGAAAGACACAGUUCUUGCUCCAGAAUCAGGAGUCAGUGAUUUAAUCAUUCCUUGCCACGAAUACAAAUCUUUUGCCAUUGCUGCAGAACUGAACAAACAUCAACUGCAAUCAAAAUUUGCCUCUGAAGUGAUACGAUUUGCUUCAGCCUGCAUGAACAUUCGAACAAAUGGCACCAUCCAUUUUGGUGUCAUGGACAGUGUUGAGGACAAGGGCUGGAAACAUGGACAGAUCAUUGGCAUGAAGGUCAAAAACCGAGAAGACUUUGUUGAUGCACUGGAUUAUAUAGAGAAGUGUUUUUGCAGUAAUUUACAAGAAAUUGCAAGGAAAUGUAUUCACCCACCUGUGUUUGUUGAAGUGAUUUCAAAAGACUCUCAUGAACAAAGAUUUGUAGUGGAGGUUGACAUUGAACCAACCUUCAGCUUAGUAAAGAACAAUUGUUUUGAAGUUUAUUUGCCAAAAUACAACGAAAGCAGUCAGAAGGUGAUUCUGACCAAAGAACCAGCUCACUACCAGAGAUUAGGAGCGAAGUCUGAACCUGUGCAGCGCAACAAACUCACUGCUUUCAUUCAAGCUGUGCAAGACAGGGAUGCUCAAAGAGAAAGAGCUGAGCUCUCCAGCACACAAGUACCCACAGAAAUACCUCAAGAUUUAGGAAGGAAGUUAUCAAUUCUAUUAAAUGAUGGCAGAAGCUACAUGGAUGAUUCCCUGUGGUACAUCCUUGUCACAAACAGAUGUGAACAGGAUAAUCUGAACUACAUCAACUUUUUAAUGCACUUGAACAUUUUCUGUGUCUUUGACUUUGAUGAACAUUCCAAUGUGUCGGGGCUGUACAGCAAAUACAAAGAGCACCAUGAAACAAGUUCUUAUUUUUUACAGGAUUUUUUCAAUGAAAUUAAAACUGAUAAUUCUCCCUCUCAGAAACUCUUUGAUCAGACCAGCUGGAUAUUCUGCAAUGGGCGCAGUGACUUCCUUGGGGAUGAAAAACCUUGUGAUCAAAAUACAUGGAUUAGAACCAAAAAAAAAUACCUCAAGAAAGUAAUUACUUGUAUCUGUGAGGAAAUUCUGCCAGAGCGCUCUUUCAUUGUGCUUUUUCUAUUGCUAUCACCAGUGCAGAAAUCACUUGUGGACACUUUUCAGGAAUUUUAUACAGAGAUGAAUGGCAUGGAAUAUAUCAUCUGCAUUGCAGAGUCCAAAGAAAAUUACAAGAAGUGGGCAAACCUAGCUCAGGAAUCCUGCAGCAUUGAGACACUAGAACAAUGCAGUAUUGUGGGCAUGAAGCUCAGUCAUGUAGAUGCCACCAUCCAAUCAAUGCUGCCUUCUACAGCCCAACCCAGACACCUGCCAGCUUCCACUGGAGGCGUGUGUACGCUUCCUUUGCGGGAAGAAGAGAAACUGUAUUCCCUAGAAAUCCUUUGUACUGACCAAUGUGAUGAUAUCAACAUAAAUCUUUUGACUGAAAAACAAAAACAAGACAUAGAACAAAAUUUUUACCGUGGGAGAAAAAUCAUAUGGGAAAACUUGUGGCUUGCUGAUAGAAAACUCUGUGGGGAUAUCAUUGAACGUGAAGCAUGCGCUGAGGCAACCAAACUCUUGGAUGGCAUUUUACGAGGAAGUGGACAAAAUUAUUCUGUGGCUAAACUAAAGAUAUUUCACCAUCCUGGGAGUGGUGGAAGCACAAUAGCACGGCAAGUUCUGUGGAAAAGCAGAAAGCGUUUCAGAUGUGCUGUUAUCAAGACCUCAUAUUCACCUUCAACUGUUUGUAAUCAUGUGCUCGCCCUUAGAGAUUAUGAAGAAAAGGAAAUCACUCACCGUUUUCCUGUGCUGCUCCUGAUUGAAGAUUAUGAUGAUGAGUACUUUGAAGAACUACAGAUUGAGUUAAUGGAGGCCAUAGCAACCAGGAAAAUGAAUACCUGCAGGCCUUAUUUCAUCCUCAUAUGCUGUAGACGAUGUAAUAACCCUGAAAGGCUUUGCAAGGCUUCACCACUAGACACAGUUGCUGUCACUCACAAACUGAAAAAGUCAGAGAGAAACUUGUUCAACACUAAACUUAAAAAAUUGCAGCAGAAAUAUGCCGAGCCAGAAUUCAUACUUACAUUUGUGCUGAUGUGUGAGGAAUUCAAUAAGACAUACGUGUCAGACAUGGUAAAGCAUAUACUGCAGGGCAUUGACCCUUCCUCUCGUGACACCUGCUUGAUGCGUUACAUGGCUCUGCUCAACUGCUAUGUACCCAAUUCAUACAUUUCACUGUCACACUGUGAGGCUUUUCUGGGGCUGGGGGCAUAUACAGAGAGUAAAGCAAGAGCAUAUGAUUUCAAACAUCACUUGUGUGAACAAGUAAGAAUGUUUUUUAUUGAGCUAAGGGAAAGUACCACUUAUAUUUCAUCUGUUCGGAUAAUACAUUGCCUGGUUGCAAAAGAAAUUCUGCAUCAGCUUUCAGGGAAUCAAUCACUAAGUCAACUUGCAACAACUCUUCUUCAGGAAAAGGUACUAUUUGAAAACAGAUUUGGAAGAGAAGAAUUCAUAAAGUUUAUCAGACAUCUGUUUAUUCGACGUGAUAAAAGAAGCAGGGGUGACAAUACUGAUACUCUCUUCUCUCCAUUUAUUGAACAUGUCUGUGAAGCUGAAGACUGUGAAAAAGCCAUUGCUGUUUUAAAAGCUGCAUAUGAACUCCUUGGAAAAGAUCCUUUUUUUGCCCAGCAGCUUGCCAGACUAAAUUACAGCAAUGAAAAAUUUGAAGACGCAAAAUACUGGGCAGAGGUUGCAAAAUCGCAUUUGCCAACUGAUUCUUAUAUUUUGGAUACAGAAGGUCAAGUCUACAAGAGAUGGUUUAGUUUCACUGUGGAUAAAAUGACAGAGGAGGAUACCCCCGAAAGGAUCACGGAGAAGAUCAUGAUUGCUCUUAAAGCUAUGAAAUGCUUCAGGGCUGCACAACAGGCAGCAAAGGAAGAACGUGAAAGUAUGAACAAUGCUGGCUAUUUUGGAGAAGUAGAAGUAGGUUGUCGCCUUCUUCGAUUUUUGUCCACAUUGCCUGUAUUCCACAAAAGUCCAGAGGGGAAAUAUACUGAGCUUGUGAAAUAUCUCACCACAGAUUACAUUCCUGAAGAAAUAAAAAGAACAUGGGGAACACUUCAUUCCCGCUUAAAAGGCUUGCACCAGAACCUGUACAAUGCUCUGGAAUGGAUUUCAGAAGAACUAAGUUAUUUCCAAACAGAUAAAAACCAAGAAAAGGAUGAUGAAAAUGAUGAUAAGGAAGAACAAAUUUAUAAUCCCAGAAAAUGGCUGAAAAGACAGUCAGCAGUAUAUGCUGAAUUCUUCAUCUCAGCAUCACUUACUGAUGACAGCCACAAUAGUCCUAACACUCAGCUCAUGAGGCGCAUGAAUAUUUAUGGGAGUGGUGGAGGAAAUGUCACCAAUAUCCUGUCAUUCUUAACAGAUAAGAAAGAGAACAGGUCAGCUGAAAAGCUAGAAAGGAUCCUUAGUUUCUAUCCAGAAAACCCCCUGAGGAACAGGCUGGAGGACAAUGAUUUGAUCAAUUUUAUUUUGUGCCACAUUGCAUUAGCAUGCUUAGCACCAGGAUCAGCCAAACUCCUUCCACUGCCAACUCUUCGUGAGCUCAGUCUAAGAUUCAUCAAAGGAAAAAGACCAUUUCCAGCAAGUGCCUAUUUUCUGCUCACGUUGCUGUACUGGCCAGAUGAGGCAUUAGACAAAGAGCCUAAUCCUGAUAAAGAUGAAAUUUUAACUUCAGCCCUUCAAACCCUGAAACGCUUCUAUGACAUCAAAAUGAAAGAUGUUCCUACCAGAAAGAAAAGAAUCUACACCCAUUUUUUUCUGGGAAAGGGUUAUGGCUUAAGUAAGAUUGUGCACAAAACUAAAAUUGACAAGUUAAUGGUGGGGUCCUUAGAUGAGAGGAGAAUGAAGUGGCUGCAUGGAACUGUAUGGAAUAUUUCCAUAAUUCGUGACAAUCUCAAAAGAGUUUCUGGCUGGACAAAGGACAGAAAUUUAUUUAUACGUGGUCACGUGAAGGAGCUCCGUAUCUUGCCACUCCAUCAUGAAUCAGUGCCUGCUGGAAAUGAGAAUGUGACCUUUUAUUUAGGCUUUUCAUUUAAUGGUCUUGUUGCUUUCAAUAUUGAGGUUGAAAACGAUCCAGCCAUCAGAAGAACAUAAGGUAUGUAGUACAGUACUGUAUACAUAUGCUCUUAGGAGGUACAGCACUGGAAGUGUCCAGUCUCACAUUUAAAAACAAAGUGGACUGGGUAACUACCAGGCAAAAAGAAAAUCAGCAUUAACUAUAAUAGUGACCAAGUAACUAAAAAAAAUUGGAACUACGAGUAAAGUGAAAUUUGAGCCAAGCCUUUGAUAGUUUUGGAGUCACAGAAAGCAAGGUUUCAAACCAAACACACCAAUCAAUCCCUUUCUUCUUACCCCACAGAUUUGGAUUUUAAGUUAAUUUCUGAGUAGUCUUGAUCAGUAAAAGACUUUGUACAGUGUAACUCCAUUUUUCUUCCUGAUCAGCAACAGAAAAGUGAACUCACACCACAUACUCUGCUCUGACAGGUACCAUGUAUGAACAAACUACCAACUGUAAAGUCAGUGUCAGUAUGGAAGCACUUUUAAAGCUGCCUUCACCAUCAGGAUUGAUGAAAAACAGGUCUCAAAUUGUGUAAACUCCUACAUUGCUUCUCUGUGUAAAUAUUACUGUACUAGACAUAUCUGUAUCUGGGGUGGGGUACAGAGACAUGUGAGCAGAGUCAUGGGUGACAUAAGACUAUAAGCACUGUUAUGUGUUCAUAGUCCAAACAAUUCCUGCACUUGGUGAAAUGAUUUUGCAUUAUUGUCUAAAGAAUGCCACAGAAUACAGAACUCAAUUUUUUUUGUAUAGAGCAUAUAUCUAUUAUUUGAAAAAUGCAAAGGAAUUUUUCAGUGCUGUGUUUGCAACCAUGAUGUCACAUUCAGCUUCUAGUAACAAAAAUGUGUUGUUGCAGUUUCACAUUAAGAUAUUGUGACUGAAGUUGCAAAAAAACCCUGCAAUGUAAUUUGUUUUAAUCCAGUAAAGAUUUUUUAUGAAGGAUUAUCAUUUCUAUGUGAGCUUUAUUACCCUACCUGAGGAUGCAUUUCCAACAGUAGCUAGCUAUAAUUUGCUUUUCCAACUGCAGCAAAGAUCUGGGCACAACCAAAAACUGUAAAACAGCAAGCCAUGGUGAAUUCAGAAGGAAGAAGAUGGAAGAUUAUUCUCUAGUCCAAGCCUUCACAUUCUGGCCUCAGGUAGCAGAAACAAUUGCCAGAAGCAAGAGAACUGGAGGGCCAGAGAAAUCCCCUCUGCCCCCCAGCCCUGAUGCAGGGGACAGGAGUGUGUUUGAGCAGGUAACUGGGCAAAGGCAGCUUCCCCAAGUCCAGCCUGGGGCAUUAGGAUGGCGUCAACCCAGAGAAGAAACCGGAUAUGUAAACUUACUGAAAAGCACAGGAGUGAAAAGCAGAACAUCGACUGUUUCCCAGAUACACAACCUGCUCAGAUGCUGUGGCAGAAGCAAAGAAAGGAAAGGAACUUACCAUGAUGAAAAAUGACAGCCAGCUUGGCCAGGAGGGCUUGUCUUGUUUUCUGCCUGCACACACCCAACUUAAUUCUGCAGACAGCAGUGCUUUUGCCCUGUAGCCCAUACUACUGCACAAGCUUGAGUCUUGUCUUUGAGGUAUAAACAGGGUUGCUUUUCAAAUAUGCCCACUUCUACCUUUCAAGAAAUUAAAAGUUUAGAUUCAAACUCCUUACUUCAUCCAACCCCAGCCCCACAGAAAAAAAAAACCAAAACCAAAACAGGUUUUAGAGAAAAAGUGUAAGCUUACAGAUUAACUCUUGAGAUUCCACGUUGCAAGAACAACCAGCUGAAGCACACAGGGCAGCAAGUACAGACCCACCCUUCCUACCAGUCACAUUCACACUGGGGGGGCUUUAACCUGCCAGGCAACACACAGCUGCCCUUGCCCUAACCAGCUCUUAGUACAAAGCAGUUCCCAAACUGCCCUCAGAUUUCCCCAGAGCUGAAAGGCCCAGAGGACAAAUGCCCAUUAAGAACUUCUUGCAUAGCCACAGUGCUCCCUUGAAGUGUCCCCUACUGCACCUCCUUGUCACACACACACAAUUCAAAAUGCCUCCAACUUGUCCAUAUCAUAGCAUGAAAAUAUCCUUUAUGUUCCAUUUAGCACCUCUCAGAAAUUAACCUAUGAGUGAACAGUGGUAGCUAAAUAAAACCAAUCAGCCUAGCACAGUAAUCCAUUCUCAUCCCUUACACAGGAGCUGCAAGGAUACCCAUCUCCCAAGCUACCUCAUCUCUCCAGCAUUUUACUCAAAGUGUUUAGCAUCUUCCAGCAUGCCCAUGCUACCAACUUUUAUAAAAACUAUCAGAAACUUUUCCUCCAUAGUCCAACUUUUCCAGCUUUAAUAGCAUUGUAUAGUCUUAGCAGCAGGAGGGUGGAUCAACAGAAAAAGAAGUCUCUGCAGCUGGCAGAGAAUCAAAAAGCUGCUACCAAGUUAUUCCCACCAUAACAUUUGUUGCAACAGUAAUUUAAAUAGGUUUUCAAGAGGAGAAAAAAAAUGACACAGAAACAGUGGUUCACUUCUCUUUAAUCAGACUGUCACAAAAUGAUCACACAUUACAGAUGGCUAUAUGUGCAGUGACCCAUUCCUGAAGAACAGUUCAGAGAAGGUUCCCAGUGGAUGCAAAUGAUGUUAGCUCUGUAUUUUCUUUUAAUCUUCUUUGUAAACUGAAUGCUACAAAAUUAAGCUUGUUAUUGUUACUAUUAUUUGCAUGCAUUAAAAUGAUGCAUAUACUUACCAGUCUCUCACUUUCUUGAAUUAAAUUCAACAUCAGUACUUUGCCACCACCUGUCUUUUGAAAAAGAUCAGUAAUCCCAGCCCUUUCACACCACUUAACACAAAAGCAGUAUCAAGUUACAGAAAAAAAACCCUUCACAAGGACUUUUGUGGCCAUACUGCUACUGAGGGGGGACACUAUUCACUCAUGUGCUUAAAGGUCCUUUAUGAAGGUACUAAAAACAGCUUGGAAUUUGCUCAUUUUGGGUUUGCUGCAGUGACCAGAAACUGCAAAAGAGCAAUUGGGAGUCAGCCAGGAAUCUAAGGAAAUAGUGGGAAAUGACAAACUGUUCCAAACAUACAGUAGCAGAACUGGGAAGGAAGACUGCUGAACCACUUUACAACAGAUAUCUGCUCUAAUGGAGCGUCAGAAGUUAAACUACAAUUUAACACUGCUCAACCGAUAAUCAAACUUUAAAUUUCCAGUAUGGUUUUGGUCCUAUCUCAACAGAAAAUAAACUUUAUUCUACCAAAAAGUACCAUAAGUAAUUGCCAUUUAAUGUUUCACAAAGGGAUGACAUUCUGCCAGAGUCCUACUACGAUCUAUCCUGGAGAACUGCACUUUUUGCUGUUUAAACACCAUGGAACACACUCUGCCCCUCUUUAGUGAUCCCCACUGACUGCCAGCCUGGUGUACAAAUAGUGCAGGUUUGCAUCCAACCACUGUCAAAACCAGGACUUGAUAAGGUAAUUGAGCACCCAGAAGCAGUUACUCACUCCAACUUGGUACUGAGCAUUGCAUUAAGUAUCAGCUGGGGUCAACCACUGACAGUGUAAGAAAUAAGGACACAUUCUAUUAAAAGGGUAAUGGCUUCACAACAAGGUAUCCCUUUUAUUCUUGCACACCUGCAAUUAAGAUUAAGCAGAGAUAAAGCUAAAUUAUAAAUAUUAACGUAUGACUCCCCUUUUUUCCCCUUCUAGGAAGAAAAACCUAUGCAACAUUAGUCAGAAAUCUGCCUGCAGCUCAUUUUAAAGAAAAAGCAAUUUAGUGUAAAUUACCAAGAACUGAUGUAGAGAACAUGGCAGGCAAUGGCCUGCAUGUGUAACUAUUCUAAAACUUGGGAAGAUACAACUGCCUUGAAACUGUGUAUGUUUUUAUGAUGAAUUCUGCAGCAACAUGUAAGAUUUCAAAACCCUAAAACAAGCGAUUCUGCUGAAAGUAGCCAUUCAUAAACCCACUCUAGACCCUUCAGAUGAGCUGACAAACUGAAGUGUCUGCACAGCUACCACACAACUAUGACCUUCCCAGUACUGACUAAACAAUUAUCCACCAGUGCUGUCAAAAGUCCCUCAAAUUCAGAGUGGGACAUCAUGGCCUUAAAAAGUGAAUUAAAGCACAGUCUUACAGCCCAUCCAGCUGUGGAUCUCUGCUUUGUGCUACAGCACAGAAAAAGUUUUCAUCUCUUCUGCUGAUAUGCAGAGAUGAGAUAUACAAAGUCUAAAUAGAAAUAAAUGCAUGCAGCCAUUCCAGAGAAAGCUGCAUCUUUUAUCCAUUCAUAAAGAAUCUUUUCUAUUUUAAGGUACAAAAUAUUCCAUACAAUAGAAAUAAAAUACCAGAAUUUCUGGGAAUAUGGAAUAGGGCAGAAUUAAAAUAGAAGCAGAGCAGAAACUCUGGAGUAAGAUAAAACAGCUGGACAAAGCCACAUCUGUAGGUAGCCUCUGAAGUGCUGAAAUGAACUAACAAAAGUAGUAAUUAGAAGGCAUACAAGAACAAGCUCCUGGUUUACCGGCCUAACAAAGUAAAAAUCUGUGGGUAAGAAAGGGUAAUUAGCAAUAGCUAAAGAAAAUGGAAAGAAUACAAACUGCUAUGGAUUCUUACAAACAGAAAUGCUUAAUACCCAACACAAAAACCACACGAUCCUGCUGGUUUGCUGUUUAAAAACAGCCUCAUUAAUAACUGGCAUGUUACCACAGUGAUUUUGACUUCAGAUUUUCACACUCUUCAGUAACAGCAAAGGCUGCUUGUUAAGAUUCUGUAUUAAAUUUGCCUUAAAGGUGCUUGCAGAUAUUUUUUACCUGUCCACAAGCAUAGUUAAAUCCAUUAUAGAUGCUAAAAAAAAAAGUCUAGUUUGUUCACUCACUACUGGAAUCAGUAGUAGGUAACAGUCACAUUUCAGAGACCAAAAUUCCCCUCAGGUAUUUAAGUGGUAUCAUUUGAACAAAUUAUUUCAAAUAGGAACAUCAGGUACUUACAGAUUAAACUAACCUGUACUGGCAGUUCUGUGGAAUUUUUCUUCUCUACCAGUAAGUAGCAAAUGCUGAAAUUCUGCUGCUAGUUAACAGAAACACAAAUUGUAUUAAACCAAGGUGUUUAACCCAUAAUUUAGCUUUUUAUUAAAAAAUAAAAAAAUAAAAAAAAGCUGCCAAACUUCAAUUACUGCAAUUUGUUGCUUAAGAAAAGCGUGUGAAGUAAAGGCAACUAUAAAACUACUUUCAAUUUGCCCUUCUGAUUUUUCAUACAUAACCCGUAAGAUUAACAAGGUCACCUGUUGCCUACUAAAAACAUAAAGGAAAUUAAAAUACUUACAUUGCCAGGUUCCUUCAAUAAAGUCUUAAAGUGUGUUUUCUUAUUCUGCACUUUACAAGUCAAAGAGCAAAAUGCAUUUUUUCCCACUUAAAUUUAUGAGAAAGAAGCUAAAGAAUUCAGUGCAAGUAACUCAAUGAAAAAAACAGAAAAGAAAAAAGCCCUGCAUGACACCUUUACCUCAAAGCAUUACAUAACUUCCUAAGUUGGGAGAUGGUGAAAUAGUUUCCUUUGGCUGUACUGCAUUCAUUUCUACUAAUUAAAAUUGCUGUUAGCAAAAACCAGUUAUACAUACUGGCUACUAAGAGUAGCAGAAGCUGAAAUUCUACAACUCAUGCCCCUUUUUGUGAAUAUGGCACCUGGGAAUAUGGUAGAGAUUUAGACAAAAUUCAAGGAAAAAUAGUUUAGGAUGUCGGAAGCUUGAACCUUGUAUAAGACAGCGAUCAGAGAGAUACACUAACUGCUAACAAGAGAAUUCAUAAGGAAGUUUUCAAGCUCUCAGUGUCAUGUGCGUCUUUUAGUUAAGAUUAUAUUGGCAUUAAAUUCUACUAUUUUCUCAAAGCUUUUUCACUUCUUUAUGGCCUCAAGAAAGAAAAACCUUAAGGUAAGUAAGUUAAAGACAGUAUUUCUCCAAAGUCAAAUUCACUGCCAUUAAAAAAGCAGUGUUGCUCACUGUCCCUACUGCAAGAAAGCCUGUAAGAAUUUAAGAGGUUACUGUAAACUUGUUCAGAAGGUGCAAGGGCCUCACUAUUCACAACAGUGUCCAGGUAUAUAAAUACCAAAUCUCACAAUUAUUCAUACCAGGGACAGUCAAAACUGACUCAACAGGAUGCCAGGAACAAAUGGCUUGAGGACAACACCCUGGAUCCUGUGGUUCAGGACAGGAUAUGGCUGGCUGCCAAAGCAGCAGGCUCCGGUGCUCAGCCCCCUCAGCCACACCUCCAGAGACUGCAGUAAAACUGCAUUUCUUUUCACCUUACUGUGGUUAGAGCCUUACUGCAAAUCCGUGCUCUGGCAAUCAAGACUGCACUGAGCUGCUGCUUACAGUGUGCCAGAAACCUCUCAACAAGUGCUUUUCAGAACUUCAGAAAGAACCUUUAUAUACAUUACACUUUACAAACACUUUGAUUCAUCUUGAUCUCUUAAACAGCUGUCCCAAAACUUUCUUUCCUCUCAACUACUUCCAACCUAGCCCAACCAUGACAGACAAAGAGCAGUCACAGGCAGCUACAUUCUUACAGAACCCAGUCACUACCACUGUUUCCCUGGUUUGAUUGUUUUGAUUGCAAGCAUACAGAUUGUUUAGAAGUCCUUUGUGUGUGCUAUGUAAUUUCUUUAUCACAUCUCCAAGUUACUUUUCUUGUUUAAUAGAUCAGGCACAAAUUGACUCAAUUUAGCAGAGUAUCACUAACCCCUCCUCCUUAAGUUAUGUGCUCCUACUUAAGCUUAAAAAAACUGAACUCCAAGACCUCAUUUUAUUAAUAUCUAUAAAAGUCAUGCCGCUGAAAUAAAGUCACCUUUACUAAAGACAUUUCACUAACAAGAAGAUGUACAGCUUUGUGAUAUACAAACUGCAGCAAGAAGAGCUGCAAUACUGGAAUGUAACUAAGAACACGCUUCAUCCCUCAAAAUAAACAGGUAUUUGAAAUUUGCCUAUUUUUUAUUUUGAGAUGGUAAAAGAUUCAGAUACUUAAAGCAAGAAAUACAAGCUCCACUAUGUAUUAUUUUGGGUUAAACAGUUUCCUUAGACAUUCUAGGGAAAUAAGAACUUAAGACUACUGCAACUAGUAUUUCUUCCACUUGCUUAACUUAUAGGAGCAUUUGGCUAUCUUAAAGAGCUGUUCUCAUCUUCACUGUUAUCAGGGGAGCACCACAAUAAGGUUUAGCAAAGCAAGACCAUGCUCAAUAAUCAUUCUGAAACAGUUAACAUGGACAUGUCAGUUUUCCAGACAGGGAUUUUGGGGGGAUCUUCUAUAGGAAAAAUGCAAAGGGCAGAGUACAAACAAAGAAGGGUACAACAGCAAUGUGCAAUCCACUCUUUUAAGUUAAUUACAACUCCAUCCUUUAAUGAAAAUUACUUGAAAUCCCAUUAGAGGUCAUCAUUUAGCAAAAUCUUGAAGAAAAGAGUCUAUGCUCAUAAAAAAGCCUCACCACAAACUUUAAAAGUAUCUCAGAAACUUAAAAAAAAAAAGGUCAAAACAGACUCACAAAUUUAUUUAUUUACUAUUUCACUGCUGAUAUGCUGCAAGACCUCCUUGGGUAAAACCUGCUGUUCUGAAGCUGAAGUUGUCUUUAAGCAACCUCAAGCAUUCACAACCGAUGAAUAUGCAACAGAAUGCACACCUUUUCUUCACAAAGGGUAGAAAUUUUUGCUAGUCACUGUGUGAAAGAAGGAACUUCAAAUAAAGCAAAUUUUGAAUAUGCAACAGAAUUUUACAAGGUUUCAAAAAAAAUAUUUUCAACUCUUACUAUUGUUGCAAUAGUCAAAUUUGGUGUAUUUGAGAGAUUGAGGAAAAGUAAAAGGUUCUCCCUCUAACUGGCAAACUGAACAAUCUGCAGCUUUGAUUUCUCACUAUUCUAUUCUGUAUUACUAAAUUGGAUCUGAUCUCUAUUUCUUCACAGGGCUCUACAUUAAUAUUUGCUGAGGUGCAGCUCACACACGCAGCAGUAUUAACAUCUCAACCUUCUUCAAAUAAACUGUGUUCUGUAAUGUGGGCUACACAAUUUUGUAGCAAUUAACUUUCUAGUUCAAGCCUAUUUUAACCUUUUCAAUAGAUACAUCUCCUCAGAAGAGAAAACAUUAUUAAUUGGUAUUUACAUGCCAUUAAUUCAGAGACUACACAAAAUCAACACUACCAAACCCAAAAACAAAUACAGCACAAAUGCAAUGCAGGGAAAGAUGGGGAGGGGCAGUGUGGCUUAAGGACUACCUGAGCAGCCUCAAAGGAAAUGCAUUCUAUUAAGAGAAAAGGUACCCACACAUCUUAAAAUAGGUUCCCUCCCCUUAAGACUCUUAAAAACACAGUGAUAAUAAAAAUAUAAAUAUUAAUAUAGAGCCCAUCUACCAAAAGAGAAUAAAAAACCUAAAUUAAAAUAAAUUUAGGGGCCUUCACCAAACUUGCUGCAAGUUUGGGGACAUAAAUAUCCAACAGCCAUAAAGCUGUGAAAGCCCCCAGAAUGAAUAAAAUAAA